UGAUACAAUAUUGAUUAACAAUAACUAACGUUUUUGCUUAUGUUUUGCUUGCUUACGUUUUUGUUACUGAAUUACAACAUAACCAACGCAUCACACACUUCCCCGCGACUGCCCGUCAAGUUGUCUCCUCCCGUUCUAGAAUGACGUCAGGGUCUCAGCCCGCUACUCGCAACUUUUCAAAAGCGUCCCAGUCAGAUUCAGAGCAGGCUGAGAUUGACUGUUGACGCUGGAUGACCCGGCUCCGAAUGGGUGGAAAUUUUGUGACGGCUAUAAAUUACAAAAUAUUUUAAACCAUCCCUGUACAUUCUAUACAAAGGAGAUGUAUUGAUUUUGUUCAUCAAUAUUACGUGAUGGAAAGAUCUGAGGCAUCUACGAAAACGUGCCUUCGUUGAAGACGUGCAACUGUGACUUGGCUAACUUUACAAGUAGCCCACUCUCAAGAGGAACAAGUCUUCAAAUUUCUUAACUUCAAACUUACAGUUUCUGAAUGUUAUUGUAGUUUGCUGUUGUUACUGGCUAUGGGCUGUUUCUUUUCAGCAAGAAACGGACUUAUUUCAUCCUCAUCGAUGCCUGGAUGUAUCAGGGACUAACAAAAUCAAUUUGGAUAACACAGCCUUGGGCAUAACGUUACUAUGGGAGAGUCCGCGUGCAAAUGGGAAUAUAACGUUAGCCGUCUCAACAGAUAUGGUUCUUCGGCAAAACUGUUUUACGCUCUCAAGCUGGCAUUUUGUCAAUAGGUUUUAUUUGUCUUUACAAGAGACAGCACUUGCGUCCUAAAAUAGUUAAAGCAAAUAAGUGAACGCAGUUAUCACCUCAACAAGUUAACAUGAUUUCAGAGGAACGGAGUAACCACAUCGCCAAACAGGCACUCAGUUUUCCUGUGGGUUUGUUGAUCCGCUCACCGAAGAGACGCCUGGCCAAGCUCGGAAGAAAGUCAAGCAAUGGCUCCUUACAGUCCAACACGUCUGACAGCACCACGCGCUCGGUGGAGAGCUCCACAGGCGUGCGGCAGCCGGCCAAGAGCAAGAUCCGUCGCCACAACAACCGGCUGUCCACCGUGUUCAACCGCAGUCCCCUGCUCCGGGACGGCGGGAGCAGGAGCCUGGGUGGAGUAGGGGACAGGAGCGACCCCCACCCGGUCGCCGAUGACCCCGCCGAGCUCUCCAGCCAGAUGUCCGCUCCGGGCAUCCUGAAGAUCUUCGGCAGCGACAUCUGCCAGGGCGCCAACUACAAGAGCGUGCUGGCCACGAGCCGCUCCAGUGCCAAGGAGCUCAUUAAGGAGGCCCUGGAGAGGUACAGUCUGGAGAAAGAAGACUCGUCCGACUACGUGCUCUGCGACGUGAUUGGCCAGACGGGCGCUGACCACCAGUGGAAGACGGAGUGCUAUCGGGUGGUGGGGGAGCACGAGCGGCCGCUCAUGCUGCAGGCGCUGUGGAAGCCCAAGCAGGGACUGUCCAGACGCUUUGAGAUCCAGAAGAGGUCCGCUGUGGAAGAGCGCAGCGCCCGGGACACGGACGACGUCACUGCAGGCCUCAAUGCCCAGGCACGGAAGCUGCAGCACGGCCGCUCCCGCGUCACCUCCCUCUUUGUGGACGGCAGCGAGGGCGAGGCCGAUGGACAGGCCAUCUGGAGGAGCCUGAGCGACAUGGACGUGUCGGCCAUGGGCCAAGAGGCCGGCCGAGCCAGGCGGGCCAUCGGGGGCCAAAAGGACCCCACCGCGGCGGCAGCGGUCAGCCCACCGGAGAGCCCGUCCGAGGCGGACGCGCGGAGCCUGCGCACAGAAAAGGAGGAGACGGAGAGCAGUGACGACAACAGCACGCAGUACUCUGUCCACCCGCCAUUCGACUUCCCCUACUUCCUGCUGCUGCAGGGCUACAACUACAGACAGGACUUUGUGAUCUACCUGAUGAGUGGGAGCAGCUGUGUGUUGGGUUGCUGCGGCGAGCACCUGCAGGGCGAGGACGAGGAGCGUCUGAAGGUGGACGUGCUGCUCUUCGCCCCGGACGUGCUGCCGCAGCACUGCCGCGUGCGUCGCCAGGACCCCGACGUCAGCGAGAGUCACGGCGGCGGGGGCGGUCACGCCGGGCUCACCCUGCUGGAGCCCUUCCAGGGGGCGGCGGUCACCCACAACGGCGUGCCCCUGAAGCACGAGACGCCCCUCAGCCCCGGCGACCUGGUAGGCCUGGGUCAGCAUUACCUCUUCAUGUUCAAGGACCCCACGGCCGGCGACGCUCCGCGCACCCCGGCCUGGAUCACCUGGCUGUGCCCGGGCAGCGAGGCCUCGGACUGGUCCGGGAAAGCGGGCAGGGCCUUCGGUGGUGUCGACGGGGGCAGGAGGCGGUUCGGCCGGCCCAUCCUGCGCUGGAGGGACCUGGAGGGCCGUGAGCUCUGCUUGGCCUACGCGCUGCCGCAGGAGGACCGGCUCCUGGACGAGAUCCUGGCGGCGGUGGAGCCGGUGGGCGACACGCCCAAGCUCACGCCGGCCUUCCUGCUGUGCCUGUGUGUCCAGCACUCCGCCGCCCACUUCAAAAUGGCUGACCUCCGCCGGCUCCUGUUGCGCAUCGCCAGCCAGAUCCAGCUGACUAUGUGGGAGAGAACCAAAGAAUUAGCCGUGAUCCAACCAGACAGGCGCUCUAGCGUGGGGCUGGAGGAGCCGGAUGAGGUGCGUCCUCUGGGCAUGACCCAGCUGGUCCCAGGCCUGCAGCCGCUGGUGCUGUGGAUGGCCAACUCCAUCGAGCUGCUGCACUUCAUCCAGCAUGAGGUGCCCCUGCUGCUGCCCUGGGGUCAGACCACCGUCCAGCAGCGGGAUGGGGAGGAGCACACGGAGGACGAGCUGGACGGCCAGCAUGGCACAGGCCUCUCCGACUCCCAGAUCCUGUCCACCCGCACGGCCAGCGAGGAGGCCAUGACCGUGCUGGAGGAGGUCAUCAUGUUCACCUUCCAACAGUGUGUCUAUUACCUCACCAAAAGCAUGUACGCGACGCUGCCGGGGCUGCUGGACAGCAACCCGUUCUCGGAGAGCGGCGCGCUGCGGGUGCCGGCGGGCGUGAGCGCCGUGCUGGAGGUCCUGCAGGGGGCGCUGCAGCUGCUGCAGGCCUUCCAGGUGCACGGGCAGAUCUCCUCGCAGCUGCUGGCCUACCUUUUCUUCUUCACCAACGCCUCGCUCUUCAACACGCUCAUGGAGAGAGGUUCUGGGGGUGGGUUCUACCAGUGGUCCCGCGGGGUUCAGAUCCGUGCCAACCUGGACCUCCUCAUGGACUGGAUUCAGGGGAUCGGAUUGGGGGACCUUGCUGCCGAAUUCUUCCAGAAGCUCUCCUCCGCCGUCAACCUGCUGGCCACCCCCAAGGAGAACCUCCUUCAGGCGUCCUGGACAUCCCUGAGGGCCGAGUUCCUGCACCUGAACCCGGCGCAGCUGCACCACAUGCUGCGGGAGUACAACCCCGGCAGGAGCUGCCCCUCCAGCUGGAGCCCCACGCCGGACGACGCCGAGGCCGCGCUCCGAACCAGUGACAUCCUGGAGAGUUUUGACAACCACCCUCCCCUCAUCCUGCCCAGCCACAGCUUCCACCUGGAGCUGGGCAAGCCUGUGGUGGACCAGGGGCUCUUCAGACAGCUGGAGAGGAUGCAGGAGUUCCUCCGUACCCUCCCUGUAGACGACACUCCCGUCAGCUCACAGACUGCAGACGGGCACCAGUCACUGACCUCCCCCUCCGUCACCGAGUCUCAGACGUCCAUCCCUUCGUCCCCGUCGUCCUGGUCGGAGGCCCACCGGCGAGCGCUGUCGCGGGGCACGCUGGACUCGCAGAGGCGCGGCUCCCACAGCGAUCUGAGCUCGUGCGAGGCCGGCCUGCUCACCCAGAAGCUGAAGAGCCUGGAGCUCCAGAGCAGCCUGCCGGGCGAGGCCGGCCUGGGCAUCCACAAGAGCCUGGCGCUGGACCCGUCCUGCCUGCUCACACCGCCCAACACGCCGCAGAACAUGGAGCAGGCCGAGCUGGAGGCCAGCCUGCAGGAUGGGGCCCAGCACAACAACGCUAGCCACCGCAAAGGUGCUGGAGACCAGCAGAAGGGGAGCAGAGAGGAGGAGGAGGAUGAAGAGGACAGGGAGGAGGUGUUCACCGUGGAGCUGACAAGAGGGCCCCACGGCCUUGGGCUCGCCCUCGUGGAUGGCAUGAAAACGCCCCUGAAGAUAAAGGGCAUUUUCAUCAAGUCCGUGGUGCCCGACUCCCCCGCUGCACGGUGCCAGAAGCUGCGACUGGGCGAUCGCAUCCUGGCAGUGAACGGAGUGAGCCUGGUGGGCAUGGACUACCACACCGGCAGAGAGCUGAUCCGGACGUCUGGAAACUCGCUCCGGUUACUGGUGGCCAAGACGGAGGCCCGGUCCAGUGGCAGGAGCGCCAUGGCAAAGUGCUGAAACAACGUGAACAGCACGCACUAAAUGGACAUGAGGCAGCUGAGGCCUCCGAAAGCCUGUAAAGGAAUAACCGUGGCUUUUCUGACUGGGACAGGCUCCUUCUCAGUCUACAAAAAAAGAGACUCUCUUUCUGUGUUCAUCCGUUUUUUUUCAUGUUCCUGUGUUCUAAAAAAAAAAAAGCAUGCAUCUCUUACACCAAAAAAACUGAGAAGUCCGAACAGCCCUGAAG